UAUAGAUCGAUCGAAGAUCUGAACGGAGAUCGGAGAAGAAGAAGCAGAAGAGAAUGGGAACGACGGUGGCGGGUUUGGCGCCGGGGCUAUCACGGAAGCUGAAGAAGGUUCUAGAAUCGAGGAUCGAUACGCCGGAUCUCUUGUCAUCGCUCAACACGCUCUCUUCCUUCUACGAUGACAACACUCCUCAGGCGCGCCGUAACCUCCGAUCCACCAUCGAGAAGCGCGCUCUCUCCAUCAACCAUGAGUUCCUCGACGCUUCCCACGCCGUUCAACUGGCAUUGGAUAGCGUGGAGGACGAGGUCAAUGCGCUUGCCGAGUGCUGCGAUAGGAUAGCAAAGUCUUUGAACAGUUGUAGUGCUAGCACCGGUGACAUUAUCAGUACCACAGAAAGGCUCAAACAAGAGCUUGAAACUACUACACAAAGACAAGAGAUUGUGGCAUGUUUCCUGCGUGAUUAUCAGCUCUCCCCUGAAGAGAUAAACGCACUUAGAGAUGAAGAGCUGAAUGAAAACUUUUUCAAAGCAUUAUCUCAUGUCCAAGAGAUUCAUGCCAACUGCAAAGUGUUGCUUAGGACACAUCAUCAGCGUGCUGGUUUAGAGUUGAUGGAUAUGAUGGCUGUGUAUCAAGAAGGAGCUUAUGAGCGUCUAUGCAGGUGGGUUCAGGCCGAAUGUAGAAGGCUGGGUGACACGGACAAUCCAGAAGUUAGUGAGCUUCUGAAAACAGCUGUACGCUACCUCAGGGAAAGAUCUGUCCUUUUCAAGUAUUGUGCAGAAGAGGUAGCCAAUAUGAGACACAAUGCACUUUUUAGAAGGUUUAUAAGUGCUCUUACACGUGGAGGCCCUGGUGGUUUGCCUCGACCAAUUGAAGUGCAUGCUCAUGACCCAUUGCGAUAUGUUGGUGAUAUGCUAGGCUGGUUGCAUCAGGCCUUGGCAUCCGAACGUGAACUUGUGCUUGUAUUACUUGAUCCAGAUGCAAGUGUGGACACUGGACCGACAGCAAAGCAAUUCUCCAAUAACUAUGACAGUGGCUCUGCGAAGACAGAAUCUGACUUGAUAUUUGUUCUUGAUAGAAUAUUUGAAGGAGUAUGUCGGCCAUUUAAAUUGAGAGUUGAACAAGUAUUGCAGUCUCAACCAAGUCUUAUAGUCUCCUACAAACUCAGUAAUACACUUGAAUUUUACUGCUACACUAUGUCAGAUUUACUUGGGCGGGAAACUGCACUUUGUAAUACACUAUGGGCACUGAAAGAUGCUGCUCAGAAAACAUUUUUCGAUAUUUUGAAAGGUCGAGGAGAAAAGCUUUUACGAUAUCCCCCACUUGUUGCUGUUGAUCUUUCCCCUCCAUCUGCAGUGAGGGAAGGAGUAUCUGUACUUCUUGAAAUAAUUGACAACUAUAACAGCAUGAUGGUUCCUGCAUCUGGGCAAAAACCUGUUUUUGAUCCAGUUAUAUCUGCUAUACUGGAUCCAAUAAUUCAGAUGUGUGAACGAGCAGCAGAGGCACACAAGUCAAAGGGAGCUGGCCACUCAUCAAGGAGGAGUAGAUCGAGUUCUGACUCUGGUCAACUAACUAGAUCAUCAGUUGAUGCAAUCUUGUCAAAUAGCAGUUCUACAUCAUCCUCACUGACUAGUGAGACUCCCUCAAAGAUCUUUCUCAUUAACUGCUUGUGUGCUAUUCAACAACCUCUAUCUGGACACGUGGUAGCUGCUGAGUAUGUGAAAAGGCUUGGAACUAUGAUAGAUAGCCACUUGCGAGUCCUUGUGGAUAAAGAAGCGGAUGCGAUAUUAAGAAAAUGUAAUUUGUCAGAAAAGAUGCCCCAGUUCCGCAAUUCAGUCCAUAACAAGGGGGGUGAUGAAGUUAGUACCCCAUUGGCUGAGAUGGAGGACACAAGUCCAUCCAUUCUUUCAGAGUGUUUGAAAGCUCUGUUUGGUCUUAUUUUGGGAAGCGAAAGUUCCCUGCCUGAGUUUGAACAGAUGCAGGUUCCAAGGUUGCGUUCUGAAGCUUCUAUAGGUGUGGCCAGGUCGCUGGCUGAAGCUUAUGAGCUUAUUUAUAAUGCAAUUAUGGAUCCCAAGAAUGGCUAUCCAGAUCCCAGAUCUUUGGCAAGGCAUCCUCCGAAUCAGAUAAGAACUAUACUAGGAAUAUGAGUUCUAUUCAACGUUUUGCUCCUACCCUUGCUAUGUUUGUUACGUAAAUAACCUUUCUUCUCUCUUUCUAUUUCUCUCCCCCUAUACCAUUUGAAAUUGUACUAAUAUCCAGCUGAUAAAUUCUUUGAUCUACUUAAAACUUUGAGAUACUAAAUACUGGAAUUCUAUUUCUGUUGUCUGCAAUGAAUUAAUUAUAGAUUUUCAUUACAA